AUGAGUCGCAGUCGUUCACCAGUGAGUUAUAAAAUUAAGUCAGCUGUUAGUUCAUACUACAAACAUGAUAAAGUUCAUUCAAGUCAUCACAGAAGUUCCAGUACUGACAAUAGUGACAAUAAAAGGUCUACUGUCGAUAGAUUGUCUGCUCACAAACAUACAAAAACUCAAUCUCAUGAUUCUGAUCGCUAUUCUGUCAAACCAAAUACCCAUUCAACUUACAAGAAAUCUCAUCAUUCCGAUAAGAAGAAAAGGAAGAAAUACAGGAGAUCUUCCAGUUCCUCAUCAUCAUCGUCAACUUCCUUAUCUAGUGAUAGGUCUGUUGAGAAUACUACAAAGAAGCAUACAUCAUCUGCUGCAGUACCUCAAAAGUUAUUAUCUCUAUCAAUAGAAGAGAUACAGAAAAUUAGUGAAGAAAGACGACAGAAAAAGGCUUUGGUGAAGAUUUUAGAAACACCAGAAGAGAAACGCGCCAGACGAUUAGCCAAAAAAGAAGCUAAAGAACGCUGGAGACGUGAACGAAUGGGAUGGGAUAAAGAAUAUUUAGGUUAUACAAAUGAAGACAAUCCAUUUGGAGAUCAUCAUCUCUCUGAAUCAUUUGUUUGGAAACGAAAGUUGGAACGACAAGGACUUGCUCAUUUGUCUAAAGAAGAACUACAAGUUUUACAAAAAAAGAAAAUGCAAGAAAAUAAAAUGGAAUUAGAAGCUGUUCGACGUAGACGAAUUGAAAGAGAACGUGAACGUGAACAACAUGAAAAGGAGAUGGAAAUGAUGCAACGAGACAAAGAAGCAGAAUACUAUCGAUCAUGGGAACAACAAGAAGAUCAUUUCCAUUUAGAACAAGCUAAAUUGCGUUCACGUAUUCGCAUUGCUGAUGGUCGAGCUAAACCAAUCGAUCUACUAGCAAAAUAUAUUGUUGAUCAAGAAGAAGAUGCUAUGGAAUUCGAUGUAUCAGGUGCAGUUGAAAUCUUGGAACCGACACAGUUUCUUGUUGGUUUAGGCAUUGAAGAUUUAGAAGAUUUACUCGAAGAUAUCAAGGUGGUGUACAUGGAAUUGGAAAAAGGUCGUAAUGCAGAAUACUGGCGUGAUAUUACAACAGUUGUUGAAGAUGAAUUGAAUAAAUUACGUCGAUUAGAAGAAAACACUGGUGUUGCUGGUGCAUGUGGUGCCGAUACUAGAGGUCGUAGCUCGGCUAAAAUCAGUCAGUCUGUAAUGAAAAGUGUGGCUGAAACACUUAAGGAUAAAACAUAUAGUCAGUUAGCUGCAUUAGAGAAACAAAUUGCUCCAAAACUUCGUGGCGGCGAGGGUGUAGAUGUAACUUACUGGGAAACACUCGCUCAGUUUGUUCGUGCACAAUGGCUCGUACACGCCUACGUAACAUGCAUCAAGAAAAUCUUAGACGUAAACUGGAAUGUUUACGUCAGGCUCAAGUCUAAUGACUCCAAACCAGAGGCCGUACCUACAACAUCUCAGGAGGAGGAAGAGGAAGAGGAGGUGGAUCCCGACAACCAAAUGGCCCCACCUUCCUUACCACCUAUUGUAUUGAACAGUGAGGGUAAUCCAAUCUCUAAUAGUGCUAUUGAAGAUACACAUAGCGCUGAAGCUGUAAGAGCUGCUAGAGUAGCUGAACUACACGCUGCCGCUUUGGCUGAAGAAGAAGUAUAUGAUGCAUCUCUUUAUUCACCACCUCGAAUUGAUCCAAAUGAUAUGGAACUGGAUGCUGUCAUUUAUAAUCCAGAAGAUGAUGAAGCUAAAAUUGACUAUCAGCGUCAAGAAGUGUUACGCACAGGAACAAUGCAAGCCACUGAAGAGGAGGAGCUUAUAAGACGAGCGCGAGAAGGCAUGGAGGAUGGAGAAGAUGCACAAUUCUCAGUUAUGAUACCUGUUGAAGAUCAAUCUUUCCUGUGGUCAGAUAAAUAUCGACCUAGGAAACCACGAUUUUUCAAUCGUGUUCAUACUGGUUUUGUAUGGAAUAAAUAUAAUCAAACACAUUAUGAUUUAGAUAAUCCACCGCCAAAAAUUGUUCAAGGUUAUAAAUUCAAUGUUUUCUAUCCAGAUUUAAUUGAUAAAACAAAAACACCGACAUAUACAUUGACAGCUUGUGGGGAAACAGAAAAAGAUUUUGCUAUUCUACGAUUUAUUGCUGGUCCACCAUAUGAAGAUAUUGCAUUUAAAAUUGUUAAUCGUGAAUGGGAAUACUCGUAUAAGCAUGGAUUUCGAUGUCAAUUUCAAAAUAAUAUUUUUCAAUUAUGGUUUCAUUUUAAACGAUUCCGUUAUCGUCGUUAGGUUGGUUGUGCUAUAAUAAAUUAAUCAAGGGAAUGACAG